UCACUCUUACCUACCGCAGGCUCCAGAGCAUCUCCCCUAAAUAACAUCACCUACUCCCCUAAUCCAAUCCAUGGCAUCUGCCGUGGAACCCAGCAGCAACAGCGGGUCUGUGGACCCCGCGACCGCAGCUGCCCGCCAUGUCCCUGACCAUGACGUCACCGAGAAGCGAGCGAGAGCGGCGCAAACCAUCCAGGUCGGCCUCUACUCUCGCUACAUCCUGCCAGACCUCUAACAAUAACUCCAAUAUAGAGGACAUAUCGUGGCUAUCGCACGCGACGGGAACUUCACGGACUAGAUCUCUCUGCGUCGACGUCACGAUGGAAAGAUGCCGUGAAAGAAGCAGAAUGGCGACAACUACACCGACCAUCUGCGCCAGUUGAAGACCUUGAUAGCACCGCGAACGCACGUCGGAAUUGGCUCCGCGCUGUGAGCGUCGCGAAGCGCGCUGGAGGGGAUGACGAUGAGGAUCUCGAGUC